AUGGGCAGCGAGGCGGCGGGAGGGCCCUGCGUGCUGGGCAUAGACCUGGGCACCAGCUCGGUGAAAGCGGCCCUGCUGGAAGGGGCAGAGCCAGGGCAGGUGGUGGCCCAGACCUGCUCCAGGGAGACACAGGCACACAGCAGUAGCCUGGAAGCUGGACCGCAGGGAAUGGAACAGAAUGUCCAGAGAAUAAUAAGAGCACUGAAUGAAUGCCUUGCUGCUCUACCUCAGCAGCAGCUUCAAAGAGUCAGUCACAUUGGCAUUUCAGGACAAAUGCAUGGGAUUAUGUUUUGGAAAAAAGAUAAAGGUUGCAAGUGGACAGAGGGUGGAACAGGUCCUUCCUUUGAGCCAGACGAGGUCAGUCAUCUGGUUACUUGGCAAGACGGUCGCUGCAGUCCCACCUUCCUCUCUUCUCUUCCUCUGCCACAGUCACAUAUCAGCUUGGCUACAGGAUUUGGGUGUGCCACAGUCUACUGGUAUUUAAAGAAGAGUCCAGAUUUUCUGAAGUCUUAUGAUGCAGCUGGCACUAUCCAUGACUAUGUGGUUGCCAUGUUGUGUGACCUGAAGAAGCCACUCAUGUCUGUCCAGAAUGCUGCCAGCUGGGGAUAUUUUAAUUGCAGAAACAAAAGCUGGAAUACUGACGUAUUGAAAAAAUCCGGCUUUCCCCUUCACUUGCUUCCAGAGGUGGGAGACCCUGGCACCAUUGCAGGCAGGACAAUCUGUGCAUGGCAUGGAAUACCCAAAGGAGCAAAAGUAGGAAUUGCUCUGGGAGAUUUCCAGUGCUCUGUUUAUUCCUGUCUGACUGAGAGGACUGAUGCAGUUCUUAAUAUCAGUACCUCAGCUCAGCUGACUAUCUCGAUGCCCCUGGGUUUCCAGCCUCCAGAGACACCAGAUCCUUCCUCACCUGUUAGUUAUUUUCCCUACUUCAAUGGUGACUACUUGGCAGUGGCAGCUUCCCUUAACGGGGGCAAUGUGCUGGCAACGUUUGUGGACAUGGUGGCACGGUGGACAGAAGAGCUAGGAGUUCAGGUUCAGGAGUCUGCCAUCUAUACAAAGAUCAUCAAAGCAGCCUUGGCCCAACAUGACAGCAAGCUCUCCAUCCACCCAGCUAUAUUUGGAGAGAGACACACCCCUGAGCAGUUGGCAGCAGUGACCAACAUUGCUGCCUCUGACCUCUCCCUGGGUCAUGUCACCAGAGCUCUGUGCCGCGGCAUCGUGGAAAACCUCUGCUCCAUGUUCCCUGUGCAGCACCUGCUGGAGAUGGGAGUGGAGAGGAUCCUGGGCAGUGGCAGUGCCCUCACCAGGAACGAGGUGCUACGCCAGGAAGUGGAAAGGAUUUUUCCAUUCCCUGCUGUUUAUGGGAAGGAUGUGGAUGCUGCUGUGGGGGCUGCCAUGGUGAUGUUCCACAGAAAAUAAAGGGAUUGUUUGAAAUGGCCUGG